UGUAACGUUACACGCGUAUAAUAGCGCUGAAAAAGAACCUUAGUUAAUAGUGAAAAACUAAUCUAUUAUGGCUCAAAAUAGAGUCAACGAAAUGGCUUCCAAAUUUGGGAGAGGAGGACCUCCUGGGCUUGCUAAUGGAAUAAAAGCUGCUGCCAUUAUCGGAGCAACGGCUUAUGGUAUCUCCCAAGCAGUCUACAAUGUCGACGGAGGACACAGAGCCAUUAUAUUCAACAGAAUAGGAGGAGUGCAACCCCAAAUUUUGACUGAAGGUAUGCAUUUCCGCCUCCCAUGGUUCCAGUACCCCAUAAUUUACGACAUCCGGUCGCGACCUCAUAAGAUCUCCUCCCCAACCGGCUCGAAAGAUUUGCAAAUGGUCAAUAUUUCAUUAAGAGUCCUGUCAAGACCGGACGCCAAUAGUUUACCAACAAUGUACCGGACAUUAGGUAAAGAUUUCGAUGACAAAGUUCUUCCGUCCAUAUGCCAUGAAGUGCUGAAGUCAGUAGUUGCGAAGUUCAAUGCUUCUCAACUCAUCACCCAACGGCAACAGGUGUCACUACUAAUAAGAAGAGAACUUGCAGCUAGAGCAGCAGAUUUCCAUAUAAUUUUAGACGACGUAUCGCUCACUGACAUGAGUUUUGGUAGAGAAUAUUCAGCCGCUGUUGAAGCGAAGCAAAUAGCGCAACAGGCUGCUCAAAGGGCUUCAUUCGUCGUUGAAAGGGCUAAACAAGAACGACAGCAAAAAAUUGUUCAAGCGGAAGGAGAGGCGGAAGCGGCGGAAAUGUUAGGCAAGGCUGUGUCGAUGAACCCAGGAUAUUUGAAGUUACGUAAAAUCAGAGCGGCCCAAAGCAUAUCUCGAAUGAUUGCACAAUCCCAAAACAAAGUGUUCUUAUCUGGCGACAGCCUUAUGUUAAAUCUUCAAGACCCUCAGUUUGACAGUUCUUCAGAAAAAUUGUCUAAAAAGAAGUAAUAAAGUUAUUUAUUUUGAAAUUUAACAAUUUAAAAUUGGAAUCGACUUAAACAAGUGAAAAUCGAGUAUUACAAAAACAAUAAACCAUUAUAAUCUAUAGACUUAUACUUUAUGCAACCCAAUGGCGACUAAUAAAAAUAAUUUUCCUCUUAACCUUGAAUGUGAGCGUCAGAACAAAUAAAUCGUUACAUAUUUUAUUGGCGUAGAAACAAUAACACUAAUAUUUUACGUACGUUAAAAAUUAUUACGUUCUUAAUUUGAAUGUACAUAAGACCAUACUUGUUACUUGUUUCGCAUAAAAUCUUCAUUAGGAGUAAUAGUGGAUUUUUGUGAAAUAUAGAUAAUGAAAAGUGAUGGAGAA